ACAACAACAACAAAUGCUUCAAACAAGUGAUGGCGGCAAAGGAUGUUGUAGGAAGAUUUUUUAUUCGCCUUUGUCGUCGAUAUGUCGCGGAUUACAUGCAAAGCCAUUGAGAUAAGUGAUUUUUUCAAAGCAACAUGUAGGAAGGAUAUAGAAGAGCACGUCGCUAUUUUCAGUUGUUGCUAAUUUCUGACCGAAUACAUUAUAAAAACAAAACAAUAUGGCUGUCAACAGACAAGAAUGCAAUGUAAAGUUAGAAAUAAAACGACUUGCAUUGUCAUUAUCAAGAAAUUCUGUGACCGAGUUUGACUUGAAUAAAGUCAGCCAAAGAAUAAAGUUUAAAAGUACGGAGCGAGCAUGCGAAAGAAAAGCCUGGACAAUGCUACUGACGUGUCUAAAUUCACCUUAUGUUGUCUCGCAGGAUAAUUUCAUUGUGUCUGAAUAUACGGAAGACAGUGAUUUCAAAAUUUACAAUGAUUUAAUGAUCAAAGCCUUCAUUUUGAAGGUGCAAAGGAGAAGUGCCGAAGGAUUAAAGAUCGAAGAAUUAGCUGAAUCCUUCAAGGCUUUGAAAGUUAACCCAAAGAUAAUAAAACUCCUACUGAGUUUAUCAAAGGCAGAUGAUGGUCCAGUUGAAGAAGAUUUUCAAAAUAUUUAUUGCCUUUCUUCAGCUGAGAGUGGUUUCCAAGAUGACACCUUAACAAAUCAAUCAUUGUCAAGCUGGAUUUCCACCUCAAGCAGCAAAGUUGCAAGAAAAGAAAAAAUAUUCUUUCAAGUUGAUUUGCUGCCAAGUUCAAUGAAAUCUGGAAAAAAUGUCUUUUCUGAAACUCCAGCUUGCAGAUUCAUUGACUGUAAUUCAAGUCUCCAAAACAAUACAAACAGCAAAUUCGUGAAUACCACACAGCAAAGGCUUUUUGGUGCCCUUACAAAUCAACAACCCACUAAAUCUCCUGAUUCGCUUGACCUGGUCCUGAGUUUACCAGAAAUGUCACAAGACACAUCAUUGAUUUUUAAGCCUAAUUUCAAAUCGAUUUCGAUAGAUGAAGGCUUUAUUGAUGACAACUCAAGCCAAUCUUCAAAUGAACUUGUUGAUUCUCAAUACAACUCAAAUGAUUAUUUGCAAAUUUGGACUGACUGUCUUAAUUCUACUGUUCAACUUCAAUACACAUGGGAAAGACUGACUCGUAUGCAUGGAACAGACGUCUCAACUUAUUUCUGUGAAAGUGGGCCUGCAGCGAUCGACCAUUUGUACAAUUUACGUCGAAAAGAGGCAAGCUACAUAACAGACCAGAAGCAAGAACACUUUUAUGUUUCUCAGAACCAACUUAUAAAGCAGUCAGUUAAUGUCCUUAUUGGUCUGCCUUCUCGGUCAUUCCAUUUCAACAGAGGCAGAUGUUCCUUCACUGUUGAUUCCUCCUUAAGGACCUCUGGUGUGAGCCCUGAAGCUUUGCAAGGGUUUUUGCAGCGAUUUGCAGAAACAGGAACACAUUACAGACAAUUGAAUCGAUUUACCCAACAUCAUUCAGAAAAACUGACUGGCCUUUCUGGUGGCUUAACACUGGAAGCAUUUGUGACAAGUCUUCGAAAGUAUAUUGAUUCGUAUAAACACGCUGUACUGCUCCUCCAAGACAAUUUUCCAAAAAGUAUGCUGCAACUGUGGGCUAUCUUCGAUGACAUGGCUCUUCAAAUGAGAUUCCUUGCUGAGAUGUGCUUGUGUUCUGCGGCUUUUCGAAGAACGGAAAAUGCCCCUAGGCCAAAGUUUCCAAUGGGCCUGAAACUGUUAUCCUACCUCUAUGAUUUAUGUAUCAAGAACAAAUCAACAAGGCAUUACUCCUUGCUGCUACAUCUUUACAAAGAUACAAGCUUGCCUUUCUUAAGGUACAUUGCCAACUGGAUAUUCGAUGGGAUAUGUCGCGAUCCAUACAACGAAUUUCUUCUCGAUGUCGAUGAUCAGUUUUUAUGCUAUCGUGAUAAACACUAUUGGACACAUGGUUAUGUUCUGAAGCCGAGUAGAAAAGAAUUUGGAAUGUUUGACAACGAUUUUAUUGAUCAAAUACACGCUUGUGGCAAAGCAAUAAAUUUACUGAAACUGACAAAUCAAAAGCAUUACCUCCUACAAGACCUGCAACGGCCAUCAAUAGGAAUUUUGCUGUCAACCUACGACCUAGAAAGAGUACAAGAUAUAAGUGCCACGUAUGUUGCGAGAGUUAACCAAGCCAAGGCUGAAGACCUGCAAAGCAAGAAUGCUGCCAUGGAUGAACUUCUUCUUAAGAGAGAAGAACAGCAUGAACAAGAAAAGAGAAAAAUACUUCAAAGCAUGAAAAGGAUAAGUAAUAUUGAAAAGAAGCUAAAAGAAUCAGCCCAUCAGAAAAAGUUCAAAGAAUUGCAAAGACUUAAGAAGCAGAUGGAGGAUGAUUUUGAGAAACGAAAAGCUGAAAAGGAAAUUAGGUUAAAAGAGGAUAAAGAAUUCAUGAAGAAUCUUGUAGCAAUGGAUUCUGAGAAAGAUGAAGAAACAAGAAAAGCAAGGGAACAGAUGUUGGCGCAUUAUCAGGAGCUAUCCAACAAGGCAAUUGAAAGAGAAAAUCGAGCUUUGUGGAAUCUUCGUCGAUUGGAGCUUUUUCAGAAGAGAAAGGAGUUCCUUAAAAAUGAUGAAUUGACCUUGCAGCGAGAGAGAGAAGCUGUUGUCGAUGUGAAAGCUGUGAAUCCGUCAGAAGCUCUUUCUCUACGAAGCGUAGAAGGUCGUAAAGAACACACCAGUUUGCGUGAUCAUUUUUCUGAGCAGCAAGUUGAAAACAGUGCAACAACUUUUCUAAACGAUGAAUCAGUUACCAAAAGAGCGAAGGAGCAUGUCACGGGUAGCGAUAUUAAUUUGGAUGCAGGUACUGCGAAAAUGGAAAGCGAGUCUGUAGACGAAUCUAAACAGAUUCAAACUAAUCAUGACGAAGUUGAAGGGAAAGAUUCUGAAGAAGAAUCAGUUGAAGGUGAGGAAACAUCAAGUAAAGAAGCAAAACCUGUCGUAGAAGGAGAUGCGGCUAAAAAUCUUUUGUAUGGUAGUGGGAAAAUGCAGAUUGAAAGUGCAAAGAAAUCUAGUAGAAAGCUUUGGGAAGUCGACGAAACCGUUGCCAGUAAAGAGGCAAAACCUAUUGUAGAAGGAAAUGCGGCUAAAAAUCUUUUGUAUGGCAGUGAGAAAAUGCAGAUUGAAAGUGCAAAGAAAUCCAAUAGAAAGCUUUGGGAAGUUGAGAAAACCGUUGCCAUUAAAGAAAAGACAGAAGUGAAAGGCUUGCUGUAUCCUGAUUCAUACGAGGAACACGGAGGAGAUAUCACGUGGCAAUCAACAAGAGGGCAUGAGCCGACUUCAAGGAUUAAAAAGCUCCUGUAUCAUAAUGAUAAUCAUGCCACAGAUGAAGAUGAAGACGAAAACACUCUGGCUAGUCUAACAGACAAAGAAGUACUUUUGGAUUUUGAAGUUGAGCCCCUACAAACUGACUUUCAAUCGAUGAAUUUUCCGCCAAGCCCGUCACUUUUUGAUACAUUGAAAAAUGACGUCAAAAUCAAAGAAACGGAGGUGCUUUUAAGAACUGAAGAUGCAAUUGAUCAUCUCUCCCUGGAAAUGAUUAUCGAUCGCUCUAUUAUUGGACCAGUCUACGCACAAGUAAAGCUUGUACAAACUGCGGCCGUUGAAUAUUUUACGGACACUUUGCAAAUAGGCCACCAUUUUGAUGCGUUCAGGAAGUUUUUGUUGUUGGAAGAUGGAGAAUUUGGACACAGCCUAUGCAAUGAAAUCUUUAAAAAAGCCUUCGUGUGCGUUUCUCCGAAAGAAUUUUGCCAACCAAGCAUCUUAAACAACAUGAUCAAUAAAGCCAUGCAGUUUUCUGUUUUUGCUGAUAAAGUUGAAUCGGCGAGACAACUAACAUUCUCACUGAAAUGGAUUCCUGAUGUUAUCAGGACAACAGAUAUCGCUUCACUGGAUUUCUUGCAGCUAAGAUACAAGGUGCCUUGGCCAUGCAACAUUAUCAUCACAGAAAACUGCAUUGUCAAGUACAACAAGAUUUUUAGCUUCCUUUUGCGAUUAAAGAUGGUGAACUGGGCCCUUCGAAGGGUCUGGAAAAAUCUCAAGAGAGCUGGCCACAACAACAAAGCUGCCGCAUCUCCACAGUUAAGACAAUUACAGCUUUCAAGACAUGAAAUGCAGCAUUUUGUAAACAAUGUGGAGCGUUAUCUUGUCAACCAAAUUAUUCAUAUCAGCUGGCAGGAAUUUCAAGACGACCUUAAGAAUAAUGUACACAAUGUUGACGAUUUACACAAAUCACACGUUGGUUACCUUAACAGAAUUAUAUUCAGGUCAUUGCUGAGUAAGAACGCGACCCCAGUUCUCAAAAUUAUCACAGACAUUUUCUCACUGAUUCUCAAAUUUGAUUUCCAAUUAUUGAGUUCCCAGUGGAAUGAGAAUGACGAUGGUUACAUAAUCCAUUCCGCAUUCGCCCUGAUGUGCGCCACUCACAAAGCAUUCAAAGAGUACACUGCUUUCCUCUUCAAAGUUGUUUCAAAACUCAUUCGACGCGGAUACCAACACCAUCUGGACGAUUUCUUGUUGCAAGUUAAUUUCAAUGGAUUUUACGAGCAUGCCGUUUCUUGAAAUAUUGUUUUUUGGAUCUAAUUUUAUGAAGACGAAAUAGUUUGUAAGAGAUAUAUUUUAACAGAUAACUCGGAAAUGGAGGAAUAAUUUCAGAAAUAUGUGCAAAUAAUGUUCAAUCCUCCAUGUGGUCAUGAAAAACUUUCAUGAAACUCGAAGCUUGUCCUAAACGUCUACGUAGACUUUGAUUCUGCUCGGAUCCAGCAAUAAUUUAUGACACUAUCUUGAGAAGUGACAACAGCAUUCUGACAAUUCUGGCAACCAAAACAUGCUACAAAUCAGUUUUGUGUAUGUAAAAAAGACAUAUACCAGUAUGUUUUAACAUUUCUGUAAUCCGAGAUACAGGGAGGGUUUGGCAAACAUGCGACAGACUUAAAAUGUGUCGUCACGUUAUAUUUUAAUUAAACUUGUUACUGUUAGAGAGUUUAUAUUUCAUCAAUGAGAACCUCGAAUAGUUGACAGAAGCCUUUGACCUUUUUUCGACAGUAUUCCUUGAAGUAAUGUUGCAGAUACAUUUCUUGCCUCUUAUUUUCCAUCAGAUCUUUUUGUCUUUGCGACAGUCUCUUUAUUCAACAAUAGCAGUUUUGUCUUC